AGCCCCAUUCAGUAUUUAUUGUUCGGCCCCUAAAAACAGAUGUGUUAUAGCAACAAAGAAGUCCGGUAAUAGUUUUAGUUUCUGAAAUCACAAGUCCAAAAUUCCACAACGCAAUAUAUGCUAAAACACCCCACUUUCGACCCCCAAAAAUUUAAAAACCCUCAUCGGCUUUUAGACAGUGUACUAGUUAAGUGGCAGAACAAUGUCCAAGGCCACCAAAUUGCGGUUUGCAUUGAUCACCGAGGAUGUCUUGGACAAGCUGAGGCCCCGAUCCCAGUCGGAGAGUGUGCGUUCCGGCUACAUGAACGAGAUAUACUCGGCCAUCCGGACGGCGGUGAACGAGGCUGUGGACGAGAAGCUGCAGGAGAUGAGCGAGAGCCUCAACCAGAUGGUGGACGAGAAGGUGGAAAGGAUACUGGAGAGGCGGCAGCAGGUGCCGCGAGCUCAGCGACGUAAUCCGGCGGGCAUCGGUGGUCAGUAUCAGCCGCCGGGCUCACAGCGCCGCAAGGAUGUCAAGGACAAGGACGAGAGCACAAGGGAGCGGAAAGAUCCCAAGGACCCCGGGAAGGAUCUCAAGGAGCCCCGGUCCAAGGCACCCGCGUCAGCCCUGGAAUCUGCUCAACGUCGCCGUCUAAAGAAACCUGGCCAGGAUGUCGUGACCACCUCAGAGGGUGACCAACUCGCAAAGAAGCCCGUGAGGGGCAUGCGCCAUCAGCGGAUUACCGUGCAGCCCAUUCACAGUACCGCUCGGGAAAUGACCCAGGACAAGGCCCUGAAUGUCCCUUCCAAGACAAGCAAUACAAUGAAGCCCCCAUCCUCCGGCUCCGCCCCGCCACCUUCGCUGGCACCACUGUCCAUAGCUCAAACCCAAAUCCUUAGCUCCGUGGAUCACAAAAGUCUCGAGGACGACUUCUCCGACGUGGAGGAGCCCUCGAUCCUGACCAUUGCCGCUAGGUAUUUGAAGCAGCUGGAGGAGUCGCGACGCCGCAAACUCCUCAACCAACAGCCACACCCGGCCUCGUCCUAGAUGGAGGCCAUACAUGGAGAGACUACGCACUGCACUGAUCAAGAAUUGAAAUUAGUCCUGGCAUCAUUUUUGUUACCUUUUUGAGUUCGAAGCACCUCAUUCCCCCUCCAAGAGCACUGCAUGGUUACCAAAAGGAAAACUGAUCGCAAGGACAUGUAAAGGAUUACGUUAUUGGAAAGCGAUCUAAAUUUUUCACGGCAUUAUAAAGUAUUAUAAAGACGAAUUAAAUUUA